GUUACGUGUGAGCUAUCCUGUGAUCUAUAGACUAGAAAUGAAAGGUUUCGUGAUCAUCUUCGCCGCUACGCUGGCACUGGCAGCUUGCUCGCCUACCAAUAUAUUUGAGAUCGAUAUCAGUCCAGAAGAGGCGCAGAAGUACCUGAACAGCCCACCGUUCACGGAGCCCCAGCUCUCCGGCCGCACUGCAGUCUUACCCUUGGUGAGAUGGAACGACCCUAGGUUUCGCACAGCGGAGGCAGGCCCCACUCUCGGCCACUACUGGAAGAACGGACAUGAGAUCGAGAACACAGACGAUUACGUAGAAGAAGUGUACGAUGCAAGUCAGUUCCACGGUCAGGAUGGUUUGGGCGCUUACGCGUACGGGUAUAAGGCACCUGAGUCAGCUAAAGUAGAAAACCGACAGCACUCCGGCGACGUUACCGGCUCCUACACUUACAAGUCCGGAAAUAACGACAUUAAGGUUCGCUACUGGGCUGACAGCGAAGGCUUCCACCAAGAGGACAACCUCCCCAAGGUGCAGCUGCAGCCAGCCCAGGAGACGGAGGAAGUCAGGCAAGCUCGUCUUGCGCACGAGAAGGCUUGGAAGGAAGCCGCCGACGCCGCCCUCCACCCUAACGCCCAGCAAGAUUACUCCGCUAACUACCACGAGUACCAGCCGCAGGCGUCGGAAGUGCAGUCAGUAUCCGCCGCCGCUCCAGUGGCCGCGCAAGUCCCAGUAGCCCGCGAAGGCAAAGCCUACGUCGCGCAGGCGCAGAGCAGCUUCCAGCAGCAGUACCAGAAGCCGCAGCCUUACCAGCAGCAACAGCAGUACCAGCAGCCACAGCAGCAAUUCCAGCAACAGAAAUACCCGUCGACCACUGAAGAACCUGAACCUACCGGUCCCCCACGUGGUUUCUUCUACAGUUUCAACUACCCUGUGUCCAUCAUUGUUCCGAAGAACGCCCAGCAGCCUGGUGGAGCUAACCCUGGAUACCCUGUCGAUAGCGACACCUAUUCUGUCAACGCUAGCGGUUGACGUGUCAACCAUAUCAACCAUUAAAAUAAUUAGGCCUAAUAAGACUCCUACUAAGUAGUGCCAUGAUGUUUUGUUAAGAUUUCAUUUGCCUAUUCUAAAAGCAUUGCUUGGAAUUUGCUGAACAAUUUCUUCCUAC